AUGAGUGCAGAGGGCAAGGACGGCCAAGUGGCGGACGGCGACGCCGCCUCGGACGCAGACUCGCUCGACCUCGUCCGUCCACCCUCACCAGUCAACCAACCUGGCACUGGCGUCUUUUCAGUCCUCUGGGGACGACCAUACAGCAACCAGCUCUGGACGUAUCGCUUCCCCGUCGACCAGGACGAGGUUACUCGGCUCGACAGGGUCCACCAGGCCAUUCGCUCUGCGGGUCUGACGUUUGGUCCGGUGGACGUACUCUUGGAUAACCCCCAGCGCUGGCCUCGCCUCCUGGAUGUUGGAUGUGGCUCGGGAAUGUGGCUUACCGAGGUGGCGGUACAGUUUCCACGCGUCGACUGCGUGGGGAUUGACUUUCUCGAGCAGCAGCACGUCAAUGCGCCGCGUAACGUCACAUUCAUGCAAGUCAAUGUGCCCCGCGGAAUGGGCGUGCUGGCUGCCGGGUCGUUUGACGUCGUCCACAUCCGCCAGAUGAUUUAUGCGAUACCCGACUAUGCUGGCAUGCUGGCGCAGGCGUACCGCGUUCUCCGUCCUGGCGGUAUCCUGCUCAUCCACGAACCCAACCUCCUGUGCUACUCGGCAUGGCAAGAAUACACGCCCGAACAGCUCGGCCCCGCGCUCGUCCAGUGGUCGCUUGCGUUCCGCCACGGCCUCAGUCAACGAGGCGUCGACAUGAACGUGUUUAACCGCAUGGAGCAGCUCGCCGCCGCCGCCGGAUUCACCAUGACCCACCCCCCGCACUUCCACUACCACCCUCUGGCCCCGGGCAACGACAACAGCGAGGCUCAGAACGAGACCGAGUGUACGCGCGCUCUUGUCGCCGCCUCGAGAAUCACCAUUGUCGAGGGCGGCGAGUACACCCAUGACACGUUCAGCGUGCUGGAGGGUGAGGUCCAUGCCGAGCUGGACGGACACGGCGCGGGCGGCGCACGCGCCAGAGGCCUGUACUCGCCAUGGGGAUUCUGGUGGGUCCGCAAGGAGUAG